CGUUUUGCACAGUACAUUUUUUUGGUUCGGUAUCAUCCCUACCUGCUUCUUGCUUGCUCUUUGCCAAAGCGCAUAAUAUAAUUUGCUUGCGCAAUUGGCCUGUGGGACUACAUCCGCGUAUAUCGCCAUCAACGACAACCCCCUAUAUAUAUAUUCACAUAUAUUCACAUCAUCUUCGCUACAAGUUCACCGCCAAAAUGCUGACUAACCGUCGCUCGACGUUGAUGAUAUCGCCGAACGGCAACGGCCGCCCGAACCACCACGGCGCGCCGCCUACCCUCAGCAGCGCGAAGCCGGAAAACGAACCUCACUGCACCGCCCCGUCUAUCUUGACAUCUACGAUGCCGACGCUGCCCGGCUACCGCGUCGCGCGCGUCCUAGGUGCCGUAUACGGCUCUACUACUUACGCGCUGAAAGACACCAAGGCCCUGCUAAAAGGGGCAGCGGCAGGCGGCGAGGUCAAAAGUCUAACGCAUAUCAUGUACAACGCGCGGGACCAAGCUGUCGACAGAAUGACACGGGACUGCGUGUCGCGCGGCGCGAACGCCGUUAUCGGCCUGGACUUCGAGGAGAAGGAGGUACUGGGUUUCGUCCAGGUCUCAGUCUCGGGCACCGCCGUCUACGUUGAGAAGCAGCUAGAGAACCCGUUCUUGCCCGAAUGACACUACCUAGGGGUCGCCCGUCUAUAAUAUUAUGCGCGCGUUCGAUAGGUUCGUUAAUAUAUUUUCGCUUCUUGGUGCGUUAAUGUGGGUGGACUCGAUAUCUUUAUCUUGGUUGGGGUGUAUUUUGGAUAUAUGUAGAGUCCCGCAAUUUCAGGAAUCACUAAGUUGCUGCAUACAUACUACAGGGACUAUAUUUAGUGGUCCAGACUACAGUUACAUACAUAUGCGGUAAUGUGUGCCGGGACCGCGUCACACGGAUACGAAGAGCCUGGACUCGGGGUCGGGGUCGGGGUCGGAGUCCUUGAACCAGGAUCGUGGAGAUGAGGGAGAUAUGAGUGUAACGGUUGGAUUGUGCUGGCUAUACAUACAUACGUGUAUUGGGUAGAUAUACCAUUGGCAACAGCAGUUGAGGUUUGUUGCUGGGACAGAAUCGAAUCAUAAUAAGAGUUCACCGUGCCAUUGUAUAUUUAGGUGCAUAUAGGUGCAUAUAAGCUUAGUUAAUAUUUCCAAAUGAGGCUCUUUGCAGCCAUGUUCUUUUUGAAUCUAGAAUCAUAGUCAUUGGCUCGGUUAUCUCACAGUUGCUUACCUACC